CAAGUAUCUUUUGCAUGGUUCUAAUAUGAAUAAAUUGCAAUGAUCGCCUCCAAUCAAUUAUUGAAGUACAUUCAUGUUUUCUUUUAUUUAAAAAAGUUCAAAAUUGACAUUGUUCCACGUCCAUGUGCUUCCAACACCUCAAAAUUUUACCUGUGUAGGGGUCUGCAAUGGAGCUUCAAGAAAGAGUUGUUCAAGCCAUAAAGCAAGUGGAUGACAAGUUUUACUGUGAAGACAUGGCAAAUUUUGACGACAAUGAGAGAAACCAUCUCCUUAACUUAUACAGAGAAACAAUGCUGAAAGGAUAUAAUUUUGGAUUUGAAUAUCUUAGAGAAGUAACAAGACUUGUAACUGGAGAAACUAAGCAAAAACUCAGCAAAAGACUUGUUAAUUUUGCCAAAGAGUGGAUGGCAUUUGUAACUGAAAAAUGUGAAAAGGGAAGAGGUAUGCGCCCAAAAUGGGCUAGUCAAGGACUGGAUUUUCUUAUUGUUGCAUGUGAUUCCAAAGUUCUUGCCUGUCUGACUGAUGAAGAAUAUCAGGAGCUGAAGAAAAGCAUCAACAGCUGUAUCAGCCAUGUGAUAGGGUCAGCAAUUUCAAA